GUGACGGCGUUUCUGAAAUGGCAACGUUGCCAUUGUUAAACCCAACGUUCCCGUUCAAGCGUGUUCUGAUUUCGGGGAACAGAGCGGCUGAGUUUCUUUGAGUUUUUUUGAUGCCGUGUGGUGGUGGACUCAGUUCCUAGUCCUGUGCACAAUGCAGUUUCUUCGCACGUGUUUGCAGUCCAGCACACCAGUGCGGAGGUUCAUCACGCACCAAACCACGCGUGCCAACGGCAACCUCGUGGUGACGGAGAAGCAGGGCCGAGUGCUGCUCGUGGGCAUCAACCGACCUGAGAAGCGAAACUGCGUCGACUCUGAGACUGCGUGUCAGCUGGUCCAGGCCUUUCGAGACUUUGACGCAGACGACAGCGUCAACGUGGCUGUCUUGCACGGCAAGGGUGGCACAUUUUGCGCUGGCUAUGACUUGAGUGAGCUCUCGGAAGCCUCCGACGACUCGCAACUCGAUGAGGACAGUUGGCCUAUGGGCCCGUCGGGGAUGCUGACACGCAAGCCUACGGUGGCAGCCGUGAACGGCUAUGCGGUGGCCGGCGGCCUGGAGCUGGCGCUCUGGUGUGACCUGAGGGUGGUGGACGAGACGGCCGUCAUGGGCGUCUUCUGCCGACGCUUUGGCGUGCCGUUGCUGGACGGGGGUACAGUUCGGCUUCCUGCCCUGAUCGGUCUGUCCAGAGCGCUGGACCUGAUCCUGACCGGCCGGCCAGUCUCUGCCAAGGAGGCUCUGGACAUUGGAUUGGCCAAUAGGGUGGUCUCGUGCGGCACGGCCCUGGGCCAAGCCAUCAGCCUGGCUGGGAGCAUAGCCAAGUUUCCCCAGCAGUGCGUCAGGGCAGACCGGGCGUCGGCCUACCACGCCUGCUUCAGCGGCAGCCUGCAGGAGGCCCUGGCCUACGAACGAGACAAUGGGAAGAAUGUUCUAGCAGCGGAAUCCAUACAGGGAGCGAAGAAGUUUGUGUCCGGCAUCGGACGCCACGGGAGCUUCAACCUACUUCAUGCCCCUCGGAAGGACGCGUCGUAGCCCUCUUCCACGCCGGACUCAUAUUAGCAUUGCACGGUUUGGAGAGAAAGGGGAUCAAGAAACGAGAGGCCCGUCCAGAACCUUCUAGAUGACGAGACCACGGUGCUAGUCUUUUUACGACACCCAUAGCUGCCGACUGGACGAGAACAGUAAGGCGUCUCUUUCGAAUUCCUAGCCUCUCGAGGAUCUCGAGAGGCCGGAGCGUUACCGACUGUAGGAUGCUCACUCUGGAGGCGCAACGACGGAGGGAUCAUUGCCGGUCUGGUUCUGUGAGACGCUACUGUACAGGAAACCAGCGUGGGUCACAUACUGGACACGACUGCCGAGUCAGCAUUCAGCCGGGACUCGUGUCCUCGCCGAUUGAACGCAAGUUCAGGCUGAACGCUAAUGCGGCACUCUUGUACAACCCCCACCCUCGUGCUGGCCUCCGGUGGGUGAUGCAAAAGAUCCGGCACUGGAAGUGUAGAUGUGCCUAUCAACACGGGGGCGUUCCUUGUCCUUGCGCAACGACCAUGGUGGACCCCGGAUUCACUGCGGCGGAAGAAUAUGGUGAAAUUUGUACUCUCGGUAAGAUUGUGUAUUGUUGAAGUUGACAUCGUCCUCGGACGGCAUAUUGCUCUUUUUAUUUUUUUGCAAUUCCGAUCUGCAAGUGUGAGAUCUGGGAAAAAAAAUUAAAUAAAUAAAGCUCAUAUCCAUCAAAAGUUGCGCACCGCUCGGAUCUGGUCGAUACAGAUAAUGCUAUGCGUUGCACCUGACUGCAAGCGCCGUGCGGCGCCCGUUUUCGCCGCUUGUGUGUUGUCUGCUUUGUUAAAGAUAUCCAGGUAUUGAUUGUGGCUGCAACAUGUUCAAAACUUCCAAGUGAAAGUUGGGGUCUACAAGAAACUGGCUAAAGGUGAAAAGCAAAUCCUGGGAGCUUUAGAAAAACAAAAAAUCUGUCACCGGCGGCACUGGUGUAGGGCUUGCUGGGCGACUGUUAAAUCUCUAUGCCCCAACAUGUCGGAAACACGCUGCAAGCCAAGUGGCAUCAGCAUCGUCCAAAAUGGAAUAUUCUGGAGCCUUUUUUACAAAGGUCUGUAGUGAGGUAGAGUUUAAUCACGUGUGUCCCUCCGACGCGCCGACUGGUUCACUGGGACCGUAGCCUUCACCGCUGCCAAGUUACGAUGAGUCGGCUAUAGGAAAGCUAGCCUUGACUUUGGUAAGCUUGGUAAAGUCCACCGGAUGUCGCUCCUGCCGGUCUUUCGUUGUUGUACAUGACCACUCUCCCCUCCUCGGCCUGCUUGAUAGGGGACAUCUUGCGGACGUACUGGGUGACCACCUCGUUGUCAAUGGCCCCUGAAACGGGGGAAACUGUAUUCAAACCUGGUUCCCAGAGAAAUAUACCGUGUAAAUAUGAAGUAUUUUUUAAUUUUCAAACUUUAUUAGAAGACAUCUGUGUGCCAAUGCCGCCUAUUAUGUUUGUUUGUUUUAUUUUUUAUGGAGAUAUUUUUUUAUUGUAUUUGCAAGCUCCAAGAAUUCUUCUAAUAAAAGAUUAUCAUUUUCCACUUAA